AUGUCGUUUAUCAUGAAGCGCCAUUCGGCGCCAUGGAAGGCAGCGAUAUUUAGGGUUCUGCGCAUAGCGUGCCUCAGUUGGAGUCUCACGACGUGCGGAAAUGCCGCCGCCAGUUUAGCUUCCAAGGACAGUCAAACUGGCUUCACAGCGUACGGCGAAUCUUGUGCAGGAGCUGGUUGUAUAUUCGACGAGUCCAGCGUGGGCGCCGACAUACACGAGUUCUGCCUUGUACCGGGGGUGGGGGGCGGUAGAGCUGUACAGCUGGUGCGCCCAACCGAUGAUCACCUAGGAUUGGAACUGGUCGAAGAGGGAAUGCAACUCUUGCGCUCCAUACCGAAACCAAUCGCAAUAGUGACAGCAAUCGGGAGCGUCAAGACGGGGAAGAGCUCGCUACUUAAUGUGCUCAAUGAGCACGUUUUGUGCGCCAAGGGCGACCAGCUGGAUGGUUUCCAUGUUAGCGAUUCCGUCAAUGCGACAACACGUGGGAUAUGGAUUUGGUCGGAACCCAUCGAGGUGGAGUCCAGAGUUCUGCAAGAGCAUAUAGACAAAGGUCUAACGUCAAAAUCAAGUGCAUUCGAUCACCUGGUAACUGUGAUGGAUUCGCUCAUGGGAGGAACAUUGCGUGCUAAGUUGACGGCAAAAGGCCGUGCUGAUUUCUCAAAACGCUCCGUCGAUAGAGUGAAUGUUGUAUUACUGGAUGUGGAAGGGUUUAACUCCACAGACGGAUUCCAGCGAUAUGACGAGGCCUUGUUCACACUGGCGGCAACCUUGAGCACCGAACUCAUAUACUUGACUCACAAAGUUCUAGAUUCCAGGGAUCUUUUGGACCUACAGCACAUGCUGCAGACCGCAAACUCAACUAUAGUCAACAUAUACAGAUCGUUGUCAAAUGCACCAAGCGUGGUUAUAGGUGAGGGUAAUUAUGCGCGCAGCCAUCAGGGCGUGUCGGUGAUUCAACAGGCAGGCGUCGCGGAAGAAACCGGUUGCGAUGCCUGCAAUAUCAUAACUAACGUCAGCAGGACGGCGUCGGGUGAGCGGCUUGGUGGUGGAUUGCUCGACCUCCAGACGCGCACUACGCUAACCAUGUCAGUGCAAGGAUUCAAUUUGCAGCUCCAAGAAUCCGCACUGGACUACUUAAACGAAGUUAUCAAUGUGAAACGAUUCGAUCUGUCUUAUAACGACCAGAGGUCAUUUUUAGCGAACUUGUCUCAAAUGAGGGAGCAAUUCGUGCGCUUCUUCAAAGCCGACAGUAGGUCGAGGGCUACGGCGUCAUCCCCGGAUCAGUUGGCGACGGACCUAAUCUCUAGGAUGACUUCAGGGUAUAAAUACGUUAUUCCGCAUGUUUUCGGGGCAGUCGACGCACUGCUAAUGUCAGCUCCAUCUAAAAAUAAUAAAACGCCAAGGAAAUGCGAACUUGCCCGUGGGUAUUUGGAGCAGGUGUUAAACUUUAAAAUUAGGCUAUUCAAGCGAUGCCUGAUGUCUCCCAAGACACGUGUUUCGUUCGUGUUGAAUGAUACGGUCCAUAUGGCGGGAAAUGAUUUUGGCGACCUUCUCGAUCACCUGGUUAAGACACUGAAUGACUCACUAAAGGCUGGAUCUGUGGACUACGAAGGCGACUUCCGUUUGACACGGGCGAACCUGGUGAAGAACGAUCUUGUUGAUCUGUACGCCCAGGAGCUUGGGGGGUUCACGCGCAAACUUCCAAUACCGCUUCCCGUCGAGCUGGCCGACUUUAAUGAAGUCACAAAAACCAAGUACAUCCAGCUCAUUGAAUUAUACGCGAGUUAUGACAUCACCCCCGACAAUUACCGUGCCUUGAAGGCAGAUUUCGAAGGGCGAUUGUCAAAGUUAAUGGAAUACUUCGACCAUGAGCUUCACGAAAUCACCUUGAAACACUGCCGGGCCGUUCUACCGGGUGUUAAGAAUGCCAUAAGUGAGCUCACAGCGCAAUUAAAGUUGCCAGUCUUGCCCUCUGUGAUAGAGGACCUCGAACGCAAGAGACUUGAGAUACUGGAUAUCUUCGUACAAGCAGUAGAUGCCAAUGGAGUUGAAUAUUCCACAACUGAAGCAUCCAAAGCGGUAGCAGUUGAGGUUGUGGAGUUUAUAGACACGCAAAUACAUGACCUUUAUAGGGAAAACGAGUCUGAAAUUAAUGCUGUAUUCCAGGAAGGUACGCGGCGGGCAAUCGAGUUUUACGUGAGCAACUCCGACCGUAAUGCUGUGGAAAAGUACCGCGUCAGUAGCACGGAUUUCGUUGAAAGCGUUAACGCUUGGAUCGGCGGCUCUUAUGCAGCCUACUACCAAGUUGUCGGCGACUUCAAGGAGAUGGACGACAUGAACCGAAAGUCACUGGAGUUUCUGGGGAAGCAGCUCUCCCUUCUCGAGAAGGAAAGCAUGGACCAUUGGGAUGACGUAUGCCGGCACUCUCUGUCGCAAACCAUGCAUCGAUUCAAGAGCACAUUCGACGUGCAAUUGCAGCAGCUUGUGCCAUUUAGACCUGCACCCAAGCCGAUUUUAAGGAUCGCCAUAGAGUACCUGCGGGCGCGCGGAUGGGCAGCAAUGGCCGAGUUGCACUGUGGCACAUCCCAGGUAGUGCGUAACACACAACCGAUCUUCAACCGCAUGGUCGACGAAAUCGGCCAGAAUGCAGUGAAAAGCAACGAUGAAUCCGUAUUCAGGCACUUCCACAAGGAGUUUAUGAUCAUGUACCAAGAGGCCGUGGAACGUGUUGACCACGUCUACCACUUCUACCAGCUUAAAAAGCAUAUGCACUGGUAUGCUAAACGACAUGUGUUCGCACACAUAAAGGUGGUCGAUCAGCUUCUACGGCCAAAAAGGGCUGCAGAAGAGCUUAAGAAGAAUGUGGACGUCGAUGUGCUGGAAAAUAUUACGGACGCGAAACUGCUCCGGGAGGCGAAAUCAUUGCUGCUUAUCGGAAGCGCAGAUGCAUCAAAGACACACGUUAUUGACGCCUCUAUUUUGCUGGAAGAUAUAGUUGAGCAGUGGCUGAGCGAAAGACUCUACCCACGUAUACGAAAUGACCUCAUGAUACGCAUGCCAAAGCUGUCCACUUUCUUUGCCAUGGCAGCAGUACUGGUAUGCUCUACGCUCAUGUUCAACGUGCGCAAUGCUCGUCUGAUAUAUUUUUUAUGCUGCAUUGACGUCAUUGCUUUCGUGCAUAUGAUGGGGUUGCGUCGGGUCAUGUUGCUCCUCGGGAUGGCUGCGCGAUGGGCGAAGAACCUUUUGACUAUGGCUAUCGCUACGCUGGGUGUGUCUUGGAGUGUGGCUAUUGCUAUGACGCUGCUGGCCGGGUCGCUUCUCUGGCGCCAGGUAGUAAGGCGGAUGCCGGCAAUAUUAGGGGGGCGCCGCCGUUCCAGGUACCUGCUGUUGAAGCAGGGCAGGUAG